AUGGCGCACAAUGUUCCGAAUACCACCGGCCAAGUGGAUCUUCCGAUGAUUGAUCUCUCCCAUCCGGACGGGGUAGGUAGUGGGAAAGCUUUGCUUGAUGCAGCAGUGAAGUACGGGUUUCUCUACGUCGAUAGCCGGACUUGUGCCUUUUCAGGCAGCGAUAUAGAUCAGAUGUUUGCUAUCUCAGAGGAAUUCUUCGGUCUAUCUACCGCCGAAAAGCUGCCGUUCCGAAGAGGCGCAAAUAACCGAGGCUGGGUGGGCAUGCAUGUAGAGACGCUCGAUCCAGAGCAUCAUGAGAAAGGAGAUUUCAAAGAAGCCCUCAAUAUCGGGGAACUCGAGAAUGGCACGCUUCAACAACCGCUGCCCUCUUGUACGGCUGCACAUGAGCGAACAAUCGCCCGCUUUACGGAACUUUGCAAUCAAACCUGCAGCCAGAUUCUCCAAUUCCUUGCUCACGGCCUCGAGAUCCCUGGUGACUACUUCACUUCCCGUCACGAUCCAUCGCAUGGUGCGACGGGGAAUUCCUUGAGACUUCUAUACUAUCCCGCCAGCAUCACGUCGUACAGAUCGGGUAAAGAUAUCCGGGCAGGGGCCCAUUCGGACUAUGGGAGCAUCACAUUAUUGUUCCAACGUCCGGGCCAGCCGGGGCUAGAGAUCAAAACGGCGCCGGAGUCUGAAUGGGCGCCCGUGCCAGUCUACCCCGACACGCCAACCGACUAUCCGUUCCCGCCAAUCCUGGUAAACAUCGGCGAUAUGCUGAGUUAUUGGACGGAUGGAUUGCUCAAGUCAACGAUCCACCGGGUGGUCUUCCCCCAUGAAGCCCAAAGAGAGGGCGCGAAUGACCGUCAAGAUCGAUAUAGUAUUGCCUUUUUCUGCCAGCCCGUCGGAAGCACCGAGCUUACAACGGUCCCUAGCGCAGUGGUCGCAGCGCAUAGAAAGGAACAGUCCCAGGUUCGAGGUUCGUCGGUUGGAUAUGGCGGUGGCGCGGUUUCCCUAGACGAUCAUCGGGCUACAGCUGCAGAGCAUCUACAAUCCCGAUUUGCAGCGACCUACAUCACAAAAUGA